AUGAACCCCAGCUAUACCCGUCAGGAUAACCCUUCUGAGGAAGAGCUGUUCCUCAAUACCUCGAAUCGACCGCCAACAGAGUCACCUGUGGUUGGGCCUUUGCGGUUCAAUAAACGAGAGACUCCCUCACCCGCGCCCCUCCCAUAUCCCGAUGACCGUCCCCGUGUGUCACACAUGCGCAGUUCGUCGAGUUCUACCGGUUCGAGUCCAACGGUUGAAGCUGGGCGACAUGGAUCUCCCGUCUCAUACGUAAACAACGGGCCGUCGAUGCCGGCGGGGUCUAGCGCAACAAGACCGACGGAGUAUCCAGCAGCUCUGCGACCGCGGGACGGUCGUGAGCCUAAGCCUGCCACUCUGGCGGAAAGACGGGGGAACAGCAUCCCCAAACCACUGCCCGAAUCGCCGGGUCCUGAAGCGCCCGACCGAGAUGCUCUCUUUUCCCGAAUGUACCAGCGUGCGCCCGCGCCUUUAGGGGCCGCAUCGAAUGGCGUCCAGGGCGAAAGUCAUGCAUAUGCCGAUUACCGACAACAGUACUGGCCACCUCCGCAACCCUCGACUCCAUCCGCAACCUCGACUAUACCUAGGCCACCGACGUCGCAGGGUCUACAGCCCCCCAACAGUGCAAUCAAUCGAUUCAGUUCGACUGCAUCCAACUCGACAACCCGUGCCCAGAGAGGCUCGCCUCCACCCCCGGAAACCCCUAUCGUAGGGCCUGGUCAGCAACCUGGAUCUGAUAUCGAGGCUCGGUAUGCGGCUUCUGGUAUUGCGGGCACUUCGACGCUCGCAGGACUGCACGCGCAGAGCGCUGCGGCUCAGAGACGGGCGGAACCGUAUGCCGGCAAGCUGCCGAGAACUCAGCUUCAGCAGCCAGUCCAGCUAGUCCAGCCAGUCCAGCGGCCGUGGACACCAACGGAGCAGCCGGGUUCUCAGCCUCAUGGGCCACCCACCGUUUACCAAGGUGCUGAAGCCGUAGGCGCACCGAAUCCGCCUGCGAGCCCACUCCAUCCGCCCCCGCCAGCCGCAGCAGCGCUUCCUCCCCCAGUGCAAAGCCAACAACCGCCGAGAGUACCGCUGAACGCGCUGGAGCAGGACCUCGAAAGAAUGCGCAUCAGCUCCUCGCCUCCGCCCGCGUACUCCAGUGUCUCUGGACCAGUCGCUCCCCAGAGUUAUCCAAUUGAAAAGCAGCGAUUGCCAACCUCAGUGGCCCCUCCAGCUCUUGCCCCCGCCCAUCCGGCGUCCAUGCCUCCCACCAAUGGUGCCGGAAGCGUGGCUCCUCCUAGUACUACCUCCGCGACUCCUCCGGCCGUCUCGCCACAGGAUCAUCCAGCAUUUGCCAAUGAUCCUCGCCAGCAGUCCUCGGCUGGGCAAUCCCCACAGAACAGCACUCCGGUCGGGCACUUACCAGUCUCUAUUCAGAACGCCCAAGCCGCCGCGUUGGCUGGAUCAUCCACCUUACCUCCUGCGUCUCCGCCGCCGCUGCCCGAGGGCUGGAUAGCCCAUCUAGAUGCGAAUUCCGGGCAAUACUACUAUAUUCAUCUUCCUACCCAGUCAACGCAAUGGGAGUUCCCCAAGGGGCCCACACCCCUGAACCUGAAUGAGACUCCCCUGUCGCCUGUCGGAAGUGUUUAUAGCAGUCAUCCCUUGGCAUCUCCCGGCUUGUCUGCCUUUGGGAAACCGCUGGCCUCCCCGGGCAUUCCUCUCACUCCAGGUCUGGCACCUGGCUAUGAGAGCCUGCAAUCACCCGUCAUGGCUGUCUUCAGUGGGCCGCCACCAAGCAGUGGAGUUGACCUUUACAAGACUGCUCCGACGAACGGCGUUUACUUUGGCCCUUAUCUGCGGUAUACAAAUAUGGAUCUGGAGCGCGGUAUCUGGCUUGGUUCAAUUCUGCUGGUGACCGACGCUGCACAACCGCCAACAAUCCAUAUCCACCAAAGUCUUGAUCUCUCGCCCAACCCCCGGCAACUGAAACCGCUGAACAUUGCGGUGCACCAGCGUUGGACUUUCUACAAGUACGAGGUCGAUCUGCGUAUGGAGGAGUCUGGUCCCGCCAAAUGGACGUAUGCGAUCACAUCGCACUUGGGCUGCACCCGGUAUGAAUUCCUGAUCGCUGGCCGCUACGAGACCAAUUGGCGCUUCGUUGCCACCUCCGGGAACGACUUCUCGCUCAAUGUGAAUGCGAAUGAGCGGUCUCGCCUUGGAGGAGUCGGGUUUAUGUGGAAGGAUAUCAUGCAGAAACAUAGCGAGAUUGGGGGGUUCCAUGCGCAGUUGUGCCUUGGAGGUCAGAUCUACGCCGACCGGAUGUGGAAGGAGAUUCCAUCCUUGAAGCAGUGGCUCGGGAUUAGUGGCAAGGAGGCGCGCAAGAACGCCCCGUGGACGGCAGCACAUGAGGAGGAUGUUUCGCACGCCUACUUCCAUUAUUACACCAGCCAUUUCGAUCAACCGUAUCUAAGGGAAUCGUUUGCUCAGAUCCCAUAUGUUUGCCAGAUUGAUGACCACGACAUCUUCGAUGGAUUCGGAUCGUAUCCGGAGCACAUGCAGUUCUCAAACAUGUUCAAGAACAUUGGCCGGCUAGGUAUUGAGAUGUACCUACUCUUCCAGCAUCACACGACGCUGGAAAUUCUACGCCACGUUAGCACGGAUGUGGAUCUCUUCACAAUCACUGGAACGGGCUGGCACUUUGUCAAGUUCCUCGGACCAGCGGUGGUCGUUGUCGGUGCCGACUGCCGGUCAGAACGGAAUCCACACCAGGUCAUCGCGGGACCAACGUAUCAAGGCAUUUUCCCCAAGGUCGCCAUGUUGCCUCCAUCGGUACAGCAUUGCAUCUGGAUGCUCUCGGUCCCCAUCAUCUAUCCCCGACUGGAAACUGCCGAGCACAUUGCACACACCGUCGCGACGGGCAAGAGGGCGGUCACCGGUGCGUACAAUGUGCUGGGCAAGGUUACCAGCUCUGUGGCGGGCGUGGUGGGCGCGAAGGAUAUGGUCGGUUCCGGAUUCGACUCGGUCAAGCGGGCUGUGGGCAAGUCCGGCCUCAUGGGUGGGAUUCUGAGCCCGUUUGGAGAAUUCGAUCUGCUCGAGGAGCUGCGUGAUCAAUGGACGCAUGAGUCUAAGGACCUGGAGAGGACAUACCUGAUCCGCACCCUGCAAGGCAUUGCCCACCAGAAAUCUCUCCGGAUGACUUUCCUCUCCGGCGCGGUCAACGUCUGCGGCGCUGGACUCGUCCAUGAUCCGGCACACCCGAAAGACCACAAAUCCAUGUACCAGCUCAUCUCGUCGGCCGUCGUCAACAGUCCUCCCCCGUCGUACAUCAUCAAGCUCCUCCACAGCAGCCACAAACCCCUGUACGUCCCCGCCAACGGGCAUCGCUCCACCCCUUCGCAACCCACAGAUACCAAGGAGGACAUGAUGGAGAUCUUCCAGACGGACGUCGGCGGCCAGGCGCGCGAGUACCGCAAGCUCAUGGGCCGCCGCAACUACAUCGCCAUCGUCGCCUACGACCCGGACGCCGUGAAUCCCAUGUAUGGCCAGAACAUGGGCCAUGCCGGCGGUAAGCUCAAUCUGGCCGUCGAUUUCAUGGUGCAGGGCGAGGGAACCUACGGGAAUGUGGUCAAGUACGGACCGGUCAUUGUGCCCAACCUGGAGCAUGGGAAAUGA